CCGCGCGCGGAGGUGCUUCUUACAGAAAGCCUAGUCAUUGCUGAUUCCUAGGGGUUGCAGGAGACAGCUGCACUUCUGUUUCAACGAAACUUGAAAACAAAGGCGGAAAACAACAUGGAGUGCAAUAGUGUGGUUGAUGGAAACGUCGAAGAAGUUCCCAGUAAGAAGGUUGCAGACUUGGGGUGUGGUGAUGUUUGCCUCUUAGCCAUCUUAAAAUACCAAAAAUGCAUUGAAGAGCUUGUUGGAGUAGAUAUCAAUGAGGGGAGACUUAAGUGGAGUGGGUCAAGGCUGUCCCCAUGUGUAGGGGAUCAUCUGGAUCCCCGAGAGCUGGAUUUAGCGAUUACCUUGUAUCAUGGUUCUGUUUUAGAGAAAGAUUGUCGAUUGCUCGGAUUUGACUUGGCAGCAUGUAUUGAAUUAAUAGAACAUUUUGAUUCAGAAGAUCUGGCGAAGUUUCCUGAAGUUGUCUUUGGGUACAUGUCUCCAGCCAUGAUUGUCAUCAGCACACCAAACUCUGAAUUCAAUUCCCUGUUUCCUUGUGCAGUCUUUAGAGAUUCAGAUCACAAAUUUGAGUGGAGCAGAAUGCAGUUUCAGACCUGGGCUUUAGAUGUGGCCAGUCGCUACAGUUACUCAGUGGAGUUUACUGGUGUGGGGGAACCACCCACAGGAGCUGAGGAUGUUGGCUAUUGUACCCAGAUAGGAAUCUUCCGGAAAAAAGCAGAAGCAGCUGGAUUGGCUGAUUUGGAGCAUCAUGGUGAGCAUGUUUAUGAAGUUGUUUAUACAACCUCAUACCCAAGUUUACAGCAGAUAAAUUACCGUAGACGUGUGGUGAUUUAUCUAGUGUACCAAGAAGUGAGCAGAUUGAGACAGAAAUACCAAGUGGGUUUGAGACAGCAUGAAUUGGAGCCUGAGCUCGUAGCCCCUGGCAACCGGACAGGAAAAUUCACCUCAGACCUUCCAGUUCCAGUACUCACUGAAGAUGACAAAGCCAUGGAGAUGGCUCCCCAACCUUUCUGUAUUGAAGAUGAGUUUUACGUACCCCUGCAAAGAAUCAUUGCUUAUCCCAGGCUGGGGCACUUAUGAGAUAAUGUAGAGAAGCUGAGAGAGUUCCUUGGUGACGUGAUUGAACUGAACUGUGAUGGUUCUGCGGUGAAGGUUGACUUGAACGAUUGUAGUGACUUUUGAGCCAUCCUUACUUCCUGAAAUUCAGGAUCUUUGCAAUAAUUGGGCUCAUUUAGAAUUUAAACGUUGUGCAGUCAUAAUUGAGGUAGCUUUUCAUUUUAAAAUCACCUAACUUUCAUGGUUUUUGGUGUGUGUGUGUUGACUGUUGAUA